AUGCACCUUCUCGCCAGUCUCGGAGCUGUUGCGGUCUUGCUGCAACACGUCUAUGCAUCCGGCUCGCGCCAACAGGCUCAUUUCGAAUCGAAGCCAGACUCUCAGCUUCUAGCACGACAGAGCGGAGAUGAUACAGCUGGUGUUCAAAAUGGUGUAUUCCACCAACUGAUCGAUCACGACAACCCUUCCCUGGGAACUUUCGACCAGCGAUACUGGUACAGUCUGAACUACGCCAACGGCAGCAACCCGCCGGUCGUUCUUAUCGCUCCGCUCGACGCCGAAGCUGAACAAGUCAAAUUCUGGCUGCACGAUGACUAUGUCAUUGGCGGUAUGAUUGCGAAGCGUAUUGGUGCUGUCAUGCUCAUGCUUGAGAACCGAUACUUUGGCAAAUCUUCACCCUUCCAGAAUCUCACAACUGAGAAUAUGAAGUUCUAUACCGAGGACCAGAUUAUCAGAGAUAAGAUCCAUUUCGCAAAGACCGCGGAUCUGCUGUUCGCGAAGAAAGAUAGCGCCAGGCCAGAUCAAGUGCCUUGGAUCCAGACUGGUUGCUCAGCGCAGGGAAAUCGCGUCUUGUUCACGGAGAAGGAAUACCCGGACGUAUUUUGGGCUUCGUGGUCGUCGAGCGCACCCCCUCAAGCGAUUCCAGAUUUCUGGAGGUACUUCGACGCUGCCAAGGCUUACAUGCCCAAGAACUGUACGACAGACGUGGGGAAGGUCAUUGACUAUCUAGACGACAUUAUGCUUCACGGGUCAGCAGAUGAGAUCCAGAAGAUCAAAGAGGAGUUUGGCGCUCUAGACCUCAAGCAUAAUGAUGAUUUUAUGAGCCUACUUAGCUAUGGUCCACAAACCUUCCAGGGUGCCAGUCUGCGUAUCCAUGACACGUGGCAAUUCUGCGACUAUGUCGAGAAUGCCGUCGACACCACAGACAAAACGAAGCUUCCUGGAGUAGAAGGCGUCGGGUUGCAAAAGGCACUAGCAGGCUACGCUCGGUGGACCAAAGAAGUCUGGAUUCCAGGAAAAUGCGAGCAGCAAGGUCCUUGGAAAGGAGAGAAUAAUACAGGAUGCUUCAAUUUUGGCGACGCUGACAGUCUGGUUUAUGCCAACAAGAAAUUGGAUGCGCCAGGUAUUGUCGACACAUUGCAAUUACAAUGGCUCUUCUGCAACGAGCCUGAGGAAUACUGGCAGACAGGUUCACCGAAGGGAACACCGACAUUGGUAUCGCGUUUGGUCAACAAAGAUUUCUUCAGGAAGACCUGUGCUCGUUACUUCCCCGCUGGCCCGAACGGUGAAACAUUUGGCUUGGCUAGGGGAAAGACGGCGGACUCGUGGAAUGCGCGAUAUGGAGGAUGGAGCGACCCAUCAGCGUAUCUGAACAGGACAAUCUUGGUAAACGGCUUGUACGAUCCCUGGCGAGCGGCAUCCUUUGCAUCUCUCCAGAGACCAGGAGGUGUUCUUGGAAACAGUACCUAUGUCAAACACUUUCUGAACCCUGUGGGCAAUCAUUGUACGGAUACAUAUCGCAAUGCUGGUGAUAUAUGGCCAGAGGUCAGGGCUAUCCAGGAAGCGGGGAUUGAUCAGAUUGAAGGAUGGGUUUCAACCUUUCCUACACCCGAGAAGAAUUAA